GAAACAAUUGCGACGACGCAGAUCGCCGCCGCAUGCUGCAGCGCCAGAUUCUGAUCGCCGCGAAACGCACCGGCUCUUACAAUUUCGCAAGCGCUUCGCUGCCACUUCCCGGUGACCUCCCUUCGUCGCCCCGACACUUCGCUUCCCUCCUCGUCUUCUCGGCCUUCCUGCCUUCUCCUCAUCCCCCGCUUCGCUCGCCGACGGACUACCCCACCACCGCCUUCGUCCACCUGCUCAAGGCAUCCUCCAGAACCGUCAAUUCCCUCCUCGAAGCCCAGAGUCUGCAUUCCGUCGCACUCAAGGCAGCUCUCGGCCACGACGAUCGGGUUCGACUCGGCCUUCUGAAUCUCUACGCCAAAUGCGGCUUUUUGGAUACCGCCCGCAAGUUGUUCGACGAAAUGCGAAACAGAGAUGUGCUCUCGUGGACUAUUCUUAUCUCCAGCUACUCUCGUGUUGGGAAAUUUGAAGAAGGGAUCAACGUUUUCGCCGAGAUGCUUGCCGAUGGAGUUCCGCCAAACUGCGUUACACUGUCUAGUGUUCUGAAGUGCAGUGUGGGCUUCGGCGAUCUCCAAAAGGGAAAAAGCGUACAUGGAUGGGCUUUGAGGAACGGGAUUGAGUUUGAUGUCGUUUUGCAGAACUCCAUUCUUGAUUUAUAUGCAAAAUGUGGCACCUUGGAUUGCACUAAAAAUGUUUUCCGAUUGAUGAGCGAGAAAGAUGUUAUAUCGUGGAAUAUUAUGAUCAGUACAUACCUACGAGAUGGAGAUGUUGAAAGAGGAAUGGAGUUAUUUAUGCAUUCACCCAAUCAAGAUGUUUCGAGUUGGAACACAGUCAUUAAUGGGCAAAUGGAGCAUGGUUUUGGUGUGAGGGCCCUUCAGAUUCUUCAUAAUAUGGUGGAGAAAGGACCUUCUUUUGAUCACUUCACUUUCACCACAGCUUUAGUGUUAGCCAAUAGAUUAACCAUGCUGAAUUUAGGAAAAGAGCUUCAUUGUCGAAUACUCAGAGUUGGGUAUAACGAAAGUGCAUUUAUUAGAACUGCACUUUCAGAUAUGUAUGCCAAAUGUGGUGAUUUGGAAGCCUUGCCAUUCAUUUUUAAUAGCACAUCAGAAUUUGUCGUCGGAUCAGUAGCUGAAAGCAUUUCCUGGAGUGUUAGGGUUGCUGGUUAUGUCAAAAAUGGCAUGCAUGAAGAGGCAUUCAAGUUUCUAUGUAAGAUGUUUCAGCUAGGGGUGAAGGUGGACCAAUUUUCUCUAACUACCAUUGCUGCAGCAUGUUCUGAUGCUAGGAUUCUUGAGCAAGGGAAGCAGGUGCAUUGCUGUGUCGAAAAGUUAGGUUAUGGGUACGAUGUAUUUCUUGCAUCUGCAAUUACUGAUAUGUAUGCUAAAUGUGGUAAUUUGGAAGAUUCUCGUAAAGUUUUUGAUAGCUUUGUCAAUCGGAAUGUUGUCUUAUGGAGUUCACUUAUAGGUGCUUAUGCUUCAUAUGGUCAAGCAGCUGAGGCUAUUCAACUUUUUGAGAAAAUGUUAGAGGAGAAAAUCAUUCCAAAUGAAAUAAGCUUUGUUCACGUAUUAUCAGCUUGUGCUCAUGAGGGAUUAGUUGAAAAGGGCUGGGAUUACUUUAAGUCAAUGCAACAAGAAUAUGGAGUAGUCCCAAGUAUUGAACACUUCGCAUGUAUGGUUGAUCUCCUUGCUCGAGCUGGUUUCCUUAAAGAGGCAGUAUCCUUCAUACAUGAAAAUAGCAUCAGCAAUCAUCCAGUUGUCUUGAAAGCAUUGCUAUCUGCUUGUAGAAUUCACAACAACAUAACCUUGGGGAUGUGGGUUUCUGAGCAACUACUUCAGCUCGAACCAUGUGAUCAUGAACAUUAUGUUCUUCUAUCAAAUAUGUAUGCUUUAGAAAAAAGGUGGGAGGAUGCUUCAAAGGUGAGAACUAUUAUGCUUGAAAGAGGAAUCAAAAAACUUCCAGGACAAUCGUGGAUUUAAAUGAGGAAUAAGGUGCCCACUUGUAAAUUAUAUAUUGGAAAGUAAUUCAGAUAUACUCUGAUUUGGACAACUUGGUUAGGAGGUUGAUCCUGUAGUACAGAUUUUGUUCUUCAUGUCAUUCAAGAACAAUAAAAUGAUGGAAUUAUGAUUUUUUUACACUGGAAGGUUGCUCACUCAGAUCAUGCAUGUUCCUUUUGGAUCUAUCACAGAAUUUAUGAGAUAGAGAUGCUGAUGCAUACAGAUGUGGUAUAUGUUUGGAAACUUGAAGUGUUAAUCUGGAGAUUAGGAUAAUGAAGUUCAAAGAAUUGAGCAAUCUGUGGAUUUUGUUUACUGAAGUUGAGAUCACACGUGGUCUGCUCUGUAUAACCUUACUCAAAUUCUAACCGAGUUAUCAUUUGCAAUAAA